AUGCCGUCAACCGCUCUCCCACUAAAAGUUACUCCUGCAUCAACACCAGCAAGGGCUUCACCGCAGCCAUCUGCUUCAGGCUCAAAGACUCCCACAAAGCAUGCCAUUGCCACCAACCCUGGUGAAAUAUCUAGCCCCCAUGAGCUAACAGCUUUCGUCGAAACGUUACUUGAGCAACUAGAUACUCAAUUUGACACCAUGUCGUCUCAGAUUCUUGAUCAUAUGAUGCAAAUGUCGAAUAGAGUGGAUGCACUGGAGGCUGCUAUACAGGAUAUUAUUAGCGGGGAUGUAACCACACCAAGCGCAUCUAUCUCGUCGACACCG